CAAUCCUAAGAAUCAUACAUGAAAGAAGAUUUUGUAAUAUUCUACAAACUGUAAACCAUUAAGAAAAAAAAAUAUAGCUUUUAACUUUUGGAAUUGGAAGCACAUCAGACACAAAACACAAAGUCUCUGUUUCACCUUUUAACCCAUUCAAGAAUUUUCCUUUAAUUUCAGUGCCCCUCUUACUUUGCUUAUUUAUCUAUCUAUCUCCCCUCCUCUGUUUCUUCGCCUUCUCUCAGCUUUUCAUCUUUAUCAGAAAGAAAGAAAGAGUGAAUGGAGCUGUGGACAGAAGCUAGAGCCCUGAAGGCUAGUCUAAGAGGAGAAGCUAUCAAACAUCAAGUGAUUGUGUCUGAGGAACUAAGCAGAACUUCUUCUGCUGAAGAUUUCUCCGUCGAGUGUUUCCUCGAUUUCUCAGAAGAAGUUCAAGAAGAAGAAGAACUUGUCUAUAUUUCUUCUUCACAAGAAGAACAAGAACAAGAUUGUUGUAACACUAGUUCACAGCCUUGCAUUUUUGAUCAACUUCCUUCUUUGCCGGAUGGAGAUGUUGAAGAGCUUGAAUGGGUAUCUCGUGUUGUUGAUGAUUGUUCAUCACAAGAAGUCUCACUUCUCUUCACACAAACCCACAAAACCAGACCAAGCUUCUCGUCUCGAGUUCCGGUUAAACCAAGAACCAAACGGCCUCGGAACAGCUUAGCCGGAGACAGGGUCUGGCCACUCGUUUCAACCAACCAACAUGCAGCAGGAGAGCAGCAGUGGAGGAAGAAGAAGAAACAAGAACCGGUCAUUGUGUUUCAACGAAGAUGCAGCCAUUGUGGGACAAACACCACACCUCAGUGGAGAACCGGUCCGGUCGGUCCAAAAACCUUAUGUAACGCAUGUGGAGUUCGGUUCAAGUCCGGUAGGCUAUGUCCGGAAUACAGACCGGCGGAUAGUCCGACGUUCUCUAAUGAGAUUCACUCAAAUCUUCAUAGGAAGGUUCUUGAAUUGAGAAAGAGUAAAGAGUUGGUUGAAGAAGAAACAGGUGAAGCUAUUACUAAAUCAGACCAAGUCAAAUUUGGCAGCCAAAGUGGUAGAGAAGACUUAGGUAAAAUGUAAACCUACUUUUUUUAGCAUUAUCUCUAGUGUUGUGUAAUUUAACAACUUGCUUCAUUACAUUGGAGGCUGUUUUGGAAUUAGUCUAUAAAAAAUGGGUUUCUCUAUAAAACAAGAUUUAUGUAAUUUUUAAUGAUGUGAGAGACCACCACCACUACAUACUUAGAAUGAUUUUGGUCCAUGUAAGGUGGCAUAGACUUUUUGUAAGUAUGUGGCAAACUGUAAUAGCUAAUACUUUAUAGUUAUAUUUUGCAUAUC